ACAAAGUAUAAUAUAAUUAACCAACCUUUAAUGAUGGUUUAAUAUUCAAAUUAAGACCUUAAAACAAAGUGAAUUUAGCUAGUCUUUAGCUUACGGAGUAGCUAACGUUACUAAAGGAUAAUCAAUAGUUGAACUUUGUGGUAAUGAUCGUUAAACCUGAAAAAAAUAUCAGUAAGUAAGUAACCAUCAACUAAUGUUAUCGGGGCGAUAUCUAUCUGAUGUACUGGAGUGAAAAAAUAAUGGAGCAUAAAAUUAAAAUGCACAUGUGAAGUACUCAAAGAACAUGUUAACCACCACCAACCAUACAGCAUUCCAUGUUUUCCCCCCAAUUUUUUUUGUUUCUUAGCAUUAAUAUCCUACAACUCUAUUUGCAUGCAAAAAAUAUUUCAUUUUUACACCGCUGAAAUAGCAACUGUUUGGCUUUUUUUGUAAGCAUAUGCGUCCCCAGCAGAAAGGGUCGGUGGAUGCAGCAGGAGCCCCGAGUAAGAAAGUUGUGACAAUGGUGGCCCCGGGAGAGGAGACGAGCACCACUACAGUACUCCUUCCCGGUCCUCCUACAACAGGGCUGUCGUCUCCAGAGAACGGGACAUCAGACGGAGAGACGCCGAGGCAGCGGGAUUUGUUCAAGCAGGAUGGGGACGCAGCUACGGACCAGGGAGGCCAGCGGCGCGCGUUCACUCACGGCCUCCGGCGCCUGCGGCAUUUCCCCUGCGGCAGCCCCGUACGCUCCAUGACGUACUCUGACGCCGCCGCGGCGUUCGUCGUCCUCCAUUCGGACGACACGGCCUGCUUUUACACGGCCGACGGCCUCGGGCGAAAAGCUUCCCCCGCACGCCUUCCUUUCGCCGGCCUGACCGCCACGAAGGUCGCCGGCCGUCUGGCGGCCUGGGGCCCGGGGCCCGUCUUCACGCUUCUGGACGGCGACUUGCGCCCGCUGCACGCCGCUCCCGACGCCCUGGACAUACGCCUGUGUCAGGCCGCCGAGCACUGCACGGAGUUGGUGACGGCGGGCGCCGGGAACGUGUGCGUGUGGUCCGUGAUGCUCGCGAGGUGCAUGGUGAAGGUGCGGGGGAAGCUGCUGCGGCGGCGCACUUUCACCGAGCUGGCGUUGGCUCCCCCCCGGGCGGGCAGGCCGCACGCGGCCUUCGUCGCGUGCGGCGCGGACGUGACCCUCGUCGACCUCGAGGCCGGGAAGGUUUCGGAGCACAAGAGGGAUCUCUGCUCGAGCAAUAUCACCGCCAUGGUGUACUGCUCCCCACUGGACUGUUUGAUCGCCGCGACCCAGGAGCUCUCCAUUCGAGUAUGGGGCCCAGAUUGGGAACCUCGCGUUGCUUUUGUUGGACACAACGGUGUGGUGAGCUCUCUGUUCUACUGCCCUGCACUGAGCGCGCUGCUCUCAGCCUCCGAGGACUGCACGAUACGCAGCUGGGACGUGGCCGAGGGCCGCGCGGCCGGGCGGGUCCACACGGAGCGGGGGAGCCCCGCGUUGUUCAUAUGCGGCACAGAAAAGGGAGAUACUUUCGCCUCGUUCUCACCCAUGGGGGUGGAGCUGUGGGCCGUCGCAGCCCUGUACACCCUCCACUGUGUUCUCAGACGGGAUGAAAGAGCCCCAGUGAGGCAAAUCCUAGCCUCCCCUCUUCCUGCUCCUUUCCCCUCACGCGUCCUCUGCGUGAGCGGGGACGGCGACAUCACGCUGGUGGCCGCGGAAACGGGAGCGGUGUUGACUUCUCUCGAGGCGAAGCAGAGGGUCGCGUGCGCCGCCUACUGCCUGCAAAAAGAGCUUCUCCUGGCGUUGACCGACACGGGCACGGUGCUCCGAGCCAACGCGCUCACCAAUCCGAUCACUUUGACGCACCAGUGGAAGGGGAGCGGCCAGGGGCCCUGGCAGCCGACGGACCACGUCGCUGCGAAUAAAGCCAAGGAUGCGCCUACGCCUGGCCCGGCGUGCUGCCUCGUGCUCUACGGCUGCGUGGCCGAGACACAGAAGGCCUUUGAGGAGUGGAGGAGCUUGCGGGACGGAAGGGGACCCGGUUACAGGAAUAGAGCGGCGCUGGACGAUGCCAAGAAUAAGUCCGUGAUCAUUCUGGGGCAAAGCGGAGGCUGCGUGAGUGUUCUGGACAUCGAUGAUGGGAAAGUCUUGUGCCGGACGCAGGCACACAGCGGUCACAAAGUCACGGCAAUGCAGGUGUACCCUGAGGACGACCGCCUCCUCUCCGCAGGCGAGGACAUGACAGUGGUGGUGUGGCAAGUAAACCUCCGAUUCCAGGACUGCCUCAGCCAACGGCUGAGCGUGAGCUGUGGUCACCCUCCGGCCUACCUGGCAGCGCUGGGGCCCCAGUUGGCCUUGACCUCCCAGGAGCCCACUGGCACCUACAACCUGAUGCACUUCAACUCGCUCAAGCAGAGCCACGCCGGCGGCCGCCCCAAUGAAGGACAUUCGGACCACUUCACAGGAUUGUGUGCGUGUUCCGAUCUCGACGUGUUCGUCUCCAGCAGCCUGGAUGGGACAGUGUGUGUCUGGAAUGAGAGGAAUCACCUCAUCAGGACGCUUCAGCUGAAUGCCGUGCCCGAGUGUCUGGCCUACUCCGGCUUCGGAGGGGAACUGUAUCUCGGCAUUAAAGGGGACUUGUACCGGAUGGAUUGCGCAGAGUUCCUGCCACACUACUAUCAACAAAUGCUGCUUUACACUUAUUACGUCAGGCCUCCUCCUGACGUGCCUGUCAUCGAGACUAAAGAAGAGUCCAGCAAAGGAAAGACUGCUGGCACGGACAAAGAUGAGCGAGAGCAGGUGUCACUGACCCAUGACGCGACAAGACAGAAGGAGUAUGUAAGUCCAGUGGCCCCAUCGAUGGACCUUGCAGCACUCCUACGAAGCUCAGUAAAAUGCCAAAGAGGGAAGCCCCCCAGCACAAAAGAAACCAAGAAAGAGGCUUUUUAUUGCUAUAUGAAGAUACUUUACAGGUUACCCCACAAUAUUAAGAUUGAUUUGGAGGACAUGUCUGACCCAGAUGAAUUUGAGAUAGACUCAUUUCAUCCGGAACCAUAUGUCAUGGAGCGUAACCUUCCCAUCUUGGACGUCCGCCCCGAAUCCAGACUAGAGGUUGUGAAGAAAAUGAAGAAGAAAAAGGCCCCAGUAACCAUCUCUGAACCAAAUUAUCAGAUUAAAGUCGAGCCGCGGCCUGUUUCAGUCAGGAAACCUGUCACCAAGGAGUGCAAAGAGCCUCCGGCGAGAACCUCUCCGACAGAACGACCAAAACCCGAUACUCCUCCUGCACCUCCUCCUCCUCCUCGUCGUCACGAGACCCCUGCGCCACCGCGGGAGCCCGACCCGGAGAUGCCGAAGUUCCUCAAGCAGUUCGCGGACGAGGGCUGGUUUAAAGAGCUGUAUCCCGAUAAGAAGUCGGUCCCGAGCAGCCUUUCUCCAGAGGACUUCUCCCUGCAGCUGCUGGGUUGUCUGAACAACCGCAGCGCGCCGAUGGAGGUCCUCGGCGCGCUGCGGGCUCUGCACAGCCAGGGAAUCUUACACAACGCAGACACGAUCUACAGACGCCUCGCGGACAUGGUGCCCAAAUUUGUGGGGCCUCACAUGUCUGCUGUGGAGCGGGCCGCGCUGGUUGAAAUCUUGAAGCUACUCGCGCGCCUCGAGUCCGUCAGCUAUGAGUUUGUGAAGAUGCUUCUCACGCUGUUGGCUUUCAAAAACCUCGGCCUUCGAGAAACGGUGCUGAGUAUGCUGACCGGGUUACCCGUCCAAGAGGCUGAGCGGUGGCUGUGGCCUGAGCUGGAGAGCUGGGACUCGGAGCCGCGGGACCAGUCCGACGUCUGGGCGAGCCUCAGCGACAGGGCGGGCACGUGGCUGGAGUUCUGGAUUUCCAAAUACAACGAACAUAACAGGGAUCUCCACAUCAGGAGCACGGAGAAGUGCAAGGGGUCAACCUUCAGCGUAGUGGAAGUGCUGAAUCAUUGCUGCUACGUCCAAAAGGAAGAGCACCGAAAGGCUCGGCGCGACGCACCUGCUGGUCGCAAAAACAUUAUUCUUUUGCCCCCAUUGGACUGUAGUUCUCUACCAAUCCUUCGUCUCGGGGAGACCUACAGCAUGGCCAGGGCGUGGAGGCCCCCGGGUGUAACUCUGCCUCCGAGGAGAAACCGUCCCUUCCUCAUGAACUUUCCUCAUUUCAUCUCGUUGCCGUUAACUCGGAUCACUGUACUUCCCUUUCACAUCUGCUCAGAGGAGGACUGGGUGAAGGCCUCGCUUCGCCGCUACUUCAUCCAACAGCAGUCGCACGUAGAGUAUUACCGAUGA